UCUUUGAAGUGCAAAGGCUUCGCAGUUAGGAUACAACAGACACUAUAUUAACAUUUGUAAGCAACUGUUAUAGAAAUUUGCUUCUGUCUUGUGAGCACUGGUAUUUACGAAUUCUCUUGAAACUGAAACAUGGGAGGAACACUGUCUGCAGAAGAAACUAAACAAAAUUCUGCCUUCAGUACAUAUUAUUACAUUUGGAAUAUUGAUAAUUUUGGUAACUCCGUUCCUAAUGUUGGAAAGUGCCUUACUGCUUAUUUUAACACGCCUAAUAAUAAAGAAGUCUAUCAAUGGAGUCUCAUUCUUUAUCCAAAAGGAUUCAACGAUAGAGUGAAAAAUUAUACGUCUCUAUGGCUGAAGAAAACAUCACCUCUAGAAAAGCUAAUUGAAUUCUCAUGUUCAGUUGUGAACGCCGAAGGUAAAGAAAUUAAAACCAGGACAAUAAAAAAAAUAUUAGCCUUAGAAUCAGAAGUUGGAUGGGCAACCUUUUGCAAACAAGCUUUCAUCUUGAAUAAAGAAAAUAAAAUCUUGAAAGAUGGUAAAUUAACCUUGAAAUGCAGCUUAAAUAUUUACAACGAUAAAGAGAUUCUGACUGCUGAGGUUGAAGAAAUCGAUCCUUUCAGUAUAAAGUCGUCGUCGGAAAUAUGCAAAGACCUUCGAAGUUUACUUGAAAGUGGAGAUUCUAGUGAUUUCUUUAUCAGAGUCGAAGAUGAAACUUUACCUGCGCAUAAAGCUAUUCUUAGUGCAAGGUCUAGAGUAUUUCGUACCAUGAUGCAGUCAAAAUUACAGAAAUCCAACAUAAUUAAUAUUACGGAAGUGUCUAAGGUUGCAGUUCAAGAAAUGUUACGAUAUAUUUAUUGUGGUAUUACUAGAAAUUUGAAUUUUGACUUGGCUUGUGAACUUUUUUAUGCAUCUGAUAAAUAUGAAAUAUUUGGCCUGAAAAAGAAGUGCUCGUACUUCAUUGCAUCUAACUUAAGCACAAGCGUCGCUGUUGACGUUCUUAUACUCGCCUAUAGGCACGAAGAUCAUGAAUUGAAAGAUGCGGCUGUUUGCUACAUAUCCAAAUAUGCUUCUGAAAUCACAAACACCAAAAAAUGGUUCGAACUAAUGAAAAACAAUCAAAUGUUAGCCAACGAAGUUGUGGUCACUUUAGCCACGAAAACAGAUGAAUACCAAAAGAGAAGGUCCUAAAAUUUAAAAUAGAAAUAGAAAUUUAUGGGAAUCAAAAUUUUAGGUAUAACUGCUUGUUUCAUCAUUAUGAAUUUUCCAGUUUAAAUUACUUAUCCCCCAAAGAAAUAUUCAUUCCGAUUUAAUAAUCCUAAUAUAAUAUUGGAAAAAAAAUGGAGAUAGAAACGUAUAAAGGAGAGGUUUCAUAUUGAUAAACAUAAAUUGCCUUCUAAACAGCAUAUUUUUGUGAGUGGUAAUUCCAGUUUUGAUGAAUUUACUUGUGUCAUUAUAUCUGAUAAAUUUGUGUUAUUAUAUCUGAUAAAUUUAUUUAUGCCAUUA